AUGAGUAAUGCAAAAUCCAUUGGCACACCAAUGAGCCCUUCCACAAAUCUAGACAAAGACGAACAUGGCAUUCCUGUUGAUAAAACUAAAUGUCGUGGAAUGAUUGGAUCACCGCUGUAUCUAACAACAAAUCGACCGAAUAUUAUGUUCAGUGUAUGUAAAUUUGCCAGGUUUCAGUCAGCUCCUAAGGAAUCACAUUUGACCGCCGUGAAAAGAAUCAUUCGAUAUCUUAUUGGGACUGUAUCUCAUGGACUAUGGUAUCUUCGCUCAAACUCUUUUAAAUUAGAAGGUUUUUCAAAUGCUAACCUUGCAGGUGAUAAGGACGAUAGAAAAAGCACAAGUGGUACAUGUCAAUUACUGGGAAAGGCAUUGAUAUCCUGGAACAGUAAAAAACAAGGAUCAGUCGCAUUGUCUGCUACUGAAGCUGGAUACAAUGCUGCUGGACAAUGCUGCGCACAACUACUUGUCGUUGUUCUGGUUAAGAAGCACGAUAGUGAAGCAAAGCAUGCACCUGUAGAGCCUAAACCUUCACCCGUUGUCCCUCAUCCUAGUCUUGACAGCCCUGAUCUUGGUGAAAAGCUUCAUGCUAUUGACUCUCAACUCUCUAAAAUAAAAAAUCUUCUCAAAGCCACUCAAUCUACUGUUCGUGACAUUCAUGCCAUUUCCAAGGAAAUAGGGUCUGAUGUGUCCAAAAUUAGAGUUGCUGUUUUCAGAGUUAGGGAGAAGGCUGUCAAAGCCUUCAGGGAGAUUCAUGACAGGUUGGAUGGAGUGAGCAUCUCAGCCAAUGCAAGCUUUGAACAAUUGAAGGAGCCUUUGGAUAAUUUAUUUUUUGCUGUGCUAUUUUUGUGGGCUGUUUUCUCAGCCAUUGGAUGA